AUGGUCAACACGAUACAUCACGACAAACAGGAACCCGACGACAUUGAGCAGUUACAGGAAGAAGGGGAAGUAGAGGAUCAGUCAGCUGGGACCAUUUCUGCUGUCCAACAGGCUGCGUUCUCUGACCACAAUGUCCAGUACCAGUUUUGCACAGACAAUAAUGGCGGUCAGGUGACAGACGACAACAUUGAUCCAUCCUCCGACGCCACUGCUGCUGUUAGCGUCGUCUCCGCCGCAGCAUUUGCAGGAGCACCUCAGGCUGUGAUCCAGAACCCUUUCAGUAACGUGGGCAGUCCUGUCGGGGAGACGGUAGCAGGAGAGACACGUUUUGCCUACUUUCCCGCCGCCGCUGUCACCGACGGGAGAGCCACAGCAGUGUCGGUGCAAACGACCUCUGAACCCACAAUCACACAGGGGGCAGGUCAGUUCUACGUAAUGAUGACCCCUCUUGAUGUGCUGCGGUCCGCAACUCAACGGAGCAUCGCACCGCGCACACACACUUACCCAGGGGUGGUGCUCACUCUAACUUAUUUUGCAAGAACCACACAGGAGACAAGCAAGUCCUUUUAGACACCUGCAAGUGGAGAGUCCAUUCAUAGCUGUGCUUACAGCGAUGGUCGAAUGGAAGUCUGACUCUGGCCUCAUCAGGACCAUCUGAAUGCUGAGUGUGCGGACUCUUUUUGGCAUCGGCUUUCUGGUGACCUCACGGGCCGCAGCAGUUUUUGCUCAAACAGGGAAAUGCCCACUUUCACCUUCAGCUAACAACCACCAGAAGAACUGUCACAGUAGCAGACAAUCUUCCAUCAUGGCCCAGAGCAUCAAGUACCUUGGACAAGAGGAAGCCCAGCGCAUUGAUGAGGAGCUCUUCAGUGAGUACGGCUUCAGUGUGGACCAGCUGAUGGAGCUCGCAGGGCUCAGUUGUGGUACCACCAUCACAAGAGUGAACCACACUGUCCUUCCAGAAUGAUCAUAAUGUGAAUCUAAGCAUCUUCUGCUAUUCCUCCCCCGGUUGGGGAGCGUCGGAAGCGGUGUGCGAGGAGGCUGAACCCAACUCAGCUCGCCCGGCCGUGCCUUCCAUUCUUCUGGCGAAUAUUCGAUCGCUGGACAACAACAUGGUUGACAUUCGCCUGCUGAGAUCUACGAACCGGACAGUGCGUAACUGCUGUGUGCUCGUGUUCACUGGGACUUGGUUGACCGUCGACAUUCCGGACUCUGCUGUACAUCUGGAGCGGCUAGCGGGCGGACCGGGCCAUUGUACGAGGGGGAACAUCGCGAGAAGGUGGAAUGCGCGUCUACAUCCGUGACGAAUGGUGCCGGGACUCUGUAGUGGGAUGCAAGCACUGCUCGCCACUGGCGGAGUUUGUGAUCUCCAGGCUGUUGGGGUCCUGAACUCCUUCCCCUUCUGAGUGGCGUCCUGUUAGAGUUAGGGUUAGGGUGUGAAAGGGACUCCAGUCGGAUCCGGGUCUGCUGGAGCUCCUCGUGUGCCGUGCAGCUGAAAUUGAUCUCAACAGGUUAGUCUUUACUGGAAAAUGUGUAAAACUUGUAAGAUGUGCGAUGUUCCACUGUGACACAUCCACUGACCUCAUCUCCUUUAUUGCUGAGUCGGACAUAUUUGCCGUCCUGCUCCGCCUCAUCCACGGUGACCUGCCCGCUAGCAGAGGCCUGCUGGGUGAUGGGAGUACGAGUCACAGCGCUUCCGGCGAAGCUCGAAGCCUCGCUGUCCGUGUCGUUGGGACGCUUCCUCUUCCCGCUGGCCGACGUGGUCGAGCGUACCGUGCGGACAAACGUGGAGACAUUAAUUGCUAUGAGAGGAAAAGUUGUGGUAUGUUUGUAAGCCACACACACCUCUCCUCCUCGCUGUCAAGCACCUACCUGUAGGCAAUUAUCUCCAUAUCCAGCGCUAGCUUGACAUCCAUUAGCUCCUGAUACUCAUCCAGCUCCUGUAGGCACUUAUCUCCAGAUCCAACGCUAGCUUGAAAUCCAUUAGCGCCUGAUACUUAUCCAGCUUCUGCUCUAACCGCUCCCUCAUGUCGACCAUUUCUCGGUCUUUCUCCCCGAAGAGGUCUCUCUUUGGAGACAGAGCCUCCUCCAGAUCUUUCACUUUUGCAUCACGGGCUGCAAGCUGGUGUCAACACAGACUUUUUAAACUUUUGCAGCUGAGACAGAUUCUAAGGUCAAAAUGAAAAAUGGUUACCUCUUUUUGA